AUGAAAAGGCCAGAAAGUGCACAUACUAGUUAAAUUUCAGCUAAUAGAUUCAAAGUUUCGUCUAAACAAUCGCCUAUAUCAACUGAGGGAGAUGCUAAAAGCAAAAACUAGAAGCAAUAAUAUCAAAAGUAAAAACUCAAUAUACCCUUAGACAUAAAACUAAAUUCGGAGGAUCAAGAUAUGAACAGAGUUAAUAUUUUUUAAAUAUAAUCAUGGAACUCAGACCAAUUUGAUAGCAUUCCUUCUCUAAAAAAUACAAUCUAAACCUAAUAGAAUGAAAUUUUUAUUUUAAAAUAAAAGUUAUUGUUCCAUUAGAAUCUAGUUAAAACAUAACCAAUGAAAGAAUUAUAAACACAAAUCGUAAAGUACUUUGAAGAAACAAUUGAACUUAAAAAGAAGCUGGAUGAAGCAUUAAAUAAUUAGUCUGAAGCUUAAAAGUCAUCACAAUACUAAAGCCAUAUAUCUAAAAUUAAAGAGUUAAAACAAGAAAUCAAUGACAUUAAUACGGUCAAUGAAGGCUUGCAAAAGGAAAUUCAAAAAUUACAAUAAUAAGUUAAUUAAUAAUCUGAAUAAUUAUAAUAAAAUUGUAAUCAAUUUUAGUAAUUUUAAACGCCAAAGCAACAUCAAAGGGAAAAAACUUAAUUGUCAUAAAAUAGACUUGUAAUAAAAGAAAUAUAAAGUGAAGGAGAAACUGUUGAUAACUCCCUGCAUGCAAUAAAAGAAAAGGACAGUAAAAUACAAGAGCUCCAGCUAAAUUUAGCUAAUCUGAAUGCAUAAAUUAAUUAAUAACGGCAAUAAAUGAAAUAAUAAGACUUACUAAUAUCAGAGAAAAAGGAUAUCAUAGAAAAUCUAUAAUAAGAAGUUAAGAAUUUGGAAACAAAAUUAGUCGAACUCUAAAGUUCUUAAAAGUAAAGAAAAAAGAAAUAAGAAGACAAAGGUAUCUAAAUUCAAAAUAAUUCAAAAUAGACUAUUGAAGAAAUUAAAGCAAUUUUAAGGUUUAGAUUAAAAAGAUCUAUGGUAGAACAAAAAGAAAUAUAGAACUACUUAUUAAAAGAUGAAGAUUACAGAUUUUUCUCUAUUUAAUCGCAAUUUUAAAAAUUUCCAUUUUUUUUGAAUGCUGAAGAAUCCUACGAUAUAACCUUGUUUCUGUUAACUGAAGAAUCACCUUAUAAUUAGAAUGUACUAGAAAGAGAUUUAAAACUUACUGUUCUGAAAUCUAGAAUUUUACAUCUAUUACCAUAAUAUGAGUUAAUUACAAUUAAUGAAUAAGGAUAAUUAUUUCAAUAGAUCUCUACUAAGAUUAUUAAUAAGCUAAACUAUUUACAAGAUGCUAUAAAAAAAAUUAAAAAAACCCAAAAAUCAGAGAUAGGAGAGGAAUUUUGCCUACCACAGUAAUUUUUAGAAGCAUUUACAUUUAUUUUCGAAUACUCUCUCUCCAAAAAGGAAGCUGAGUACUUAUUUUAAUUAAAUUUUGAAAUCAGUAAUUCUCCAAGUUUGAUCAAUUUUUUACGAUUGAUUUAAUUAUUUUAAAUGAAACCAAAAUUUGGAAUAAAUAAAGUCUGUAAUUUAAGCGAUUCGUUAUUUAAAGAAAACGAAUUAAUUAAUAUCCAAGGGCCAUCAUUAAUUAGAAAUGAAAGUGCUGUUCCAAAGGUUUCUCCUAAAUAAAUUAAUAUUUAUGCAAGUAAAUUUCAAUAAACAGAUGAAGCAGAGUUAGGCAUUGAUAGGAAAUAGAAAAAACUGCAAUACUAAAGCAUAAUAGGGCUUAAUCGGCCUCCAACCUUCGAUAAAGUUGAAGUUGGGGUUUGUUGUUAAAAAUAAUUGGUGAUUGUUUAAUAGAAUGAGUUAUCUUAUAAUAAUAAUAAGGUGAGAGUUGAUUAAGAUAAUUUGGAAAAAGUAAAAUAUGAAUAAUAUUUAUAAUAAUAACUACAAAAGGAAAAAUAAAAAGAAGAACUUUCAAAAGUCGAAUCAAAUAAAAAUAAAGAGAUUAAAAGUAUUGUUUCUCUUUACUUUGAUCAAUUAUUGUAGGACUUUAUAAAUUCAUCAAAAUAAGAUUGA